AUGUUGAAAGAAAACUUGCAGCCAGAAGACAACAAGCAGAAGAAUUCUGAAUUGUGUAAACCUCAAAUAAAUUUUGAACUUUUCCACAAUUCCAUAUGUUGGCAAAAUUCAGAAUACGGAAUACGGAAUACGGAAUACGGCAUGCCAGGCAGGAAUUGCCAGGAGAAUAAUCAUUAUAAGAACAAUGUGGUCAAAUCAUCCACUGAAAGUGGUUCAAGUAGUGAAGCAUCCACUUUCACUGAUGAAAAGGCUGAUAAAAAGGUCAGAAAGUUUCAACCCGCACUCUUAGACGCUGCUGAACGUCGUCAUUUUCUUCAUGAGAUGGUGAAAAGCUUCCCGCAAUCAAUAAAGGACCGUAUAACGGUUUUGAAGAAUAUUCAGUUAGAACAAAUUGCGAUUGAUUCUGAAUUGUACAAGGAAAUUAAUAACUUGGAGGUAAAGUACGUUGCCAAGUUUCAAAAGUUUUAUGAUCAGAGAUUUGAAAUAGUUUCUGGUAAAUUUGAUCCACCAGAGCAAGAUCCAAAAUGGAAGGAACCCCCUUGUGAUGAAAAUGCAAAAGGCGACCAUGACCAUGAUCAAGCAUUUAAUGACUACAAGAACCUAUCGAAUGACUCCAUCGGCAUUCCUAGUUUUUGGUUAGAGGUGUUGCGCAGUGUGGAUGUGGUUGGUCAUUUGAUACAGGACCAUGACGUACCAAUCUUGCGAAAACUGAUCGAUGUUAGAGAAAAAUGCGGUAAAGAAGACUCUUUUACUUUAGAAUUUCAUUUCGAUCGCAAUGAUUACUUCACUGAUGAGGUUCUUACAAAGAAAUACUUCUUCAAUAUCGAGCCUAAUAAAAAAAUGCCGUUUCAAUAUGAUGGGCCAAUAAUAUGGAAGAGUAAAGGUUGCCUUAUUCAUUGGAAGAAAGAUAUGAAUCUAACGUUAAAAACAGUGAAGGAAAUCUCUAAAGAUGAUGCCAAUAAAAUGAUAUUUAAAAAUGUUCCACGUCGGUCUUUUUUCCAUUUCUUUAAUCCACCGCUGGAACAGAAUACAGAAUCUAUAGAUAAAGAUAUGAAAGAGGUAUUAAACAUUGAUUAUGAUUUGGGACUCGUAUUUCGGUCACGUAUCAUAUCUAGAGCAGUUUUAUACUUCACCGGUGAACUGCCUGAACUUGAUCCAUGUGCAUGUACUGAAGAUGAGUCGGAAAAUGAAGAAACGGACGAAUCGAAUAAUAAGAAGGAUUUGAACGAUUCAGAUGAAGGGGGCGCUGCUGGAGAUGAUGCUGGAGGUGAUGCUGCUACUGCCUUCGAUGGUGCAACUCUUGGUGCCAACCUAUUAUUGAGCAAUCAAUGUAAACCUCAAUAA